AAUAACUACAUCUUUCAAUUCGAAAAAACCCUUGUGACCUUGUCACGCUAGAAAAAUGAAGUAAAAACAAAACAAAACAAAUAGUUAGGGAGGGGGCCGCGGAAUUACCGCGUAUUCUGAGGUUAUACAGUUUACCAGGGGACGCCGACGAAUAUCACAAAUAAAGAGAGAGAAAAAAGAAUGAAAGCUGAGAGAGAGAGAGACAAAGCCAAGCAGAGGUGGUGGUAGUCGUGGAGGUGGCAAAUUGGUAAAAGCCCAAACUCAAACUCAAGUUUCUUAUUUGGAUUCGAAUGGCAGAGGUUGAGCCCAAAGAUACUUGUGACACCAGCAACACCAGCAACACCAGUGCCCAUUCGAAUUCCAACGCCGAUCAACCCGACCGCCUUGUUCGCGUCUACGCCGAUGGGAUCUACGAUCUCUUCCACUUCGGCCAUGCUCGCUCCCUCGAGCAAGCCAAGAAAUCGUUCCCUAACACCUAUCUGCUCGUUGGUUGUUGUAAUGAUGAAACCACUCACAAAUUUAAAGGCAAGACUGUUAUGACAGAGUCUGAACGUUAUGAAUCUCUUCGCCAUUGCAAGUGGGUAGAUGAAGUCAUUCCUGAUGCACCUUGGGUGAUCAAUCAAGAAUUUCUUGACAAGCAUGAGAUUGACUAUGUGGCCCAUGACUCUCUCCCUUAUGCUGAUGCCAGUGGAGCUGGGAAAGAUGUGUAUGAAUUUGUCAAAGCAGUGGGGAGGUUUAAGGAAACAAAGAGAACUGAUGGGAUUUCGACAUCAGACAUUAUAAUGAGGAUUGUAAAAGAUUAUAAUCAGUAUGUGUUGCGUAACUUGGAUCGUGGAUAUACAAGAAAAGAGCUUGGUGUUAGUUUUGUGAAGGAAAAGCGGUUAAGGGUGAACAUGAGAUUGAAGAAAUUACAAGAGAAAGUGAAGGAACAUCAAGAAAAAGUGGGAGAGAAGAUCCAGACUGUUGCUAUGCAUCGUAAUGAGUGGGUAGAAAAUGCUGAUCGCUGGGUUGCUGGAUUUCUUGAGAUGUUUGAAGAAGGUUGCCAUAAAAUGGGCACAGCCAUCAGAGAUCGAAUUCAAGAGAGCUUAAGAGGGCAGCAGUCGAGAGAAAAGUAUCUGCUGGAAAAUGGUAAGGCGGAUAGUGAUGCUGAAGAAUACUACGAUGAGGAUGAUGACGAAGAGUACUAUGAUGAUGAAGAAUACUAUGACGAUGAAGAAUAUUAUGAGGAGGUAUAUGGAAAAGAUGGGAAUAAUGAGAAAGAAAAGGUUGAGAAAGAAAAGAAUGAGAAAGGAAAGUAGUAGAUGCUCUUUUCCAUGCUUGCAGGAUUUAUUGGUUGUUGUACCAUUGCGGCUUGUUCAUGGAGUUGUGUAAAAUGAAAUGUGAUUCCCUGUGGUUGAAAAGGGGAACUCUGAGUCGAGACAUAGUGUAGUAUAACUUUGCUGUUUUUUGUUCAUCUAUCUCCAGUGUGGUUAGGACACAGUUAUACAUGAUAGUGAUAUUUGUCUUUGCGUUUCUGCUUGCCAUCUCUGUCCAACUUGAACUUGUGCUUUGUGUUCACCCUCCUGGCAACUCAAAGGAUUUAGAUGGAGAAAUACUUCCUUA